AUGGCCACCGCGACAAGCACGCCCGCCUCCUCGCCUAUCAAGUACACGCCCAAGACGUCCUCGUUCCUCUUCGGCGCGGUGCUGGUCUUCGUUGCAGUGUUUUUUGCCAUUCUGGGAUGUUUCAUGGCGCCACGGCGGCUCCGCCGGCGUCAAAAUGCUCUCACUAUCACACCGGUGAGGCGGGCAACCAGAGACAGGACCGCAAAGGCUGCCACACUGGAGAAACGCGAGCCAGUGUUUGCAGAGGUGGCGGCGACUCCUUGUGCUGCUCCCAGCUGGCCCCAGAUGAUGCCGCUCUCAGCCUACUUCAUACGAGAGUCAGAGUCACGGCGGAACGCUGAUCGAGAGCCACCUCAAGUAACUCCGGAGAGUCCCACCAGGCGACUUCGCACCAGUCUCCUUUCUCGAUAUUUUCGUCGGCGACGACCCGAAGCAGUGGAGAGCGGGGCGGUUGAGAUGCAAGAAGCCGUGCCCGUGAAGGGCGUUGAGGUGGCCGUGCUGAUAAAAAUGCCUUCCCCUACGCUUGGUCAAACGCAACGAGCAAGACUCGCAGGAGAAAUGGCACUUGGGCAGGCGCGGCUGCCCAUUGAUUGGAAGGGAUGGCAGUCAUGA